UCACUUGUGUCCAAUUCGCAUGGGCGAUGUCUAACUGACUUUCGUAGGUUGCGGCUGGACGAAUACUAAAUGUACUCAAUGCAGAUGCGAAGGUCACUAUCGUCUCGCCGCGGAGUGGGCUCAAUAAAGAGGUGGCAUACAGGAUAGAGCAAGGCCAAGUCGACUAUGUCGACCGUAAAUUCGAGCCCUCCGACCUCGACGGUGCCGAUAUGGUCCUGACCGCGGUCGACGAUCCAGAAGCCUCGACCCAGAUAUGGAAGUUAUGCAAGGAAAGGAGGAUUCCCGCAAACAUUGCAGAUGUGCCACCAGAGUGCGAUUUCUACUUUGGAAGUACGCACAGAGAUGGCCCGCUGCAGGUUAUGGUGAGCACCAAUGGGAAGGGGCCCCGUUAUGCGAAUAUAAUGAGGCGCUCCAUUGCUGCGAAUCUGCCGACGAAUGCUGGGGGAGGCAUAGAAAAGGUUGGAAAGCUGAGGGAGAUGCUUCGAAAAAUUGCACCGCGACCAGAGGAAGGUCCAAAGCGAAUGUCUUGGAUGAUAAAGGUCAGUGACGCGUACAGUUUGGACGACUUAUGUUCCAUGACUGAGGAUGAAAUGGCAAGGCUACUAGAAUUCUAUGGUCCUAAUGAGGCCCCUACACUUGAAUCUAUAAAGGCUUUGAACAAUAAUUGAUUGUUAAUACUGUAUUAUCUCUACUACCUGUAUGCAAAUUAGCAAGGCGCAAUAGACAAUCAUAAGUUAAAAGAUGAAACCCAAUUCACGAAAC